ACAACCAAGACAAACUCUCAGUGUCUAGGGAAGCUUGGGGUUCGGAUCCUUUUACUUCAGAUGAGCCCGAACUCAGUUAAUGCAAUUUUUGAAGCAUGGCCUGAAUAGAUUCAGUCAUUAUCAAGUCAAACUAAAAAUGGUGAAAGGUUGCUACCAAUACCAAAUAGCAUUUUCAUCUCCAGAGUAAGGAGCCUAUUUCUUUCCACUGCUUCUACGACAUGAUCUGAGCUUCUCCCUAUUUGGUCUGUGGCCUUUGCUAAGUGUGCUGCUGAGGAUGAAACACUGUAUUCCAGGAAAAAUUUGAAGACAUAAGAACUACACACAAGGAACAUGUCAUCUAGCACCUUCACUUUUUGAUUCCCACAGAAGACAAUGAGAAGUCACACUGUAACAAUGACAACGAUUUCAGUCAGCAGCUGGUCUUGCUCCUCCCAUGAAAUGUGCUCUAUAACGAAUCACAGUGACCAAUCGGCACAAAACUUCUCGGGAACGCCAAAUGUUACUACCUGUCUCAUGGAUGAAAAAUUACUAUCUACUGUGUUAACAACAUUCUACUCUGUUAUUUUCAUCGUGGGACUGGUCGGGAACAUAAUUGCCCUCUAUGUAUUUCUGGGUAUCCACCGCAAAAGAAAUUCCAUUCAAAUUUACUUACUUAACGUAGCCAUCGCAGACCUCCUACUCAUCUUCUGCCUCCCUUUCCGAAUAAUGUAUCACAUUAACCAAAACAAGUGGACACUAGGUGUGAUUCUGUGCAAGGUUGUGGGAACACUAUUUUAUAUGAACAUGUAUAUUAGCAUUAUUUUGCUAGGAUUCAUCAGUUUGGACCGCUACAUAAAAAUUAAUCGGUCUAUACAACAACGGAAGGCAAUAACAACCAGACAAAGUAUUUAUGUUUGCUGUACAGUAUGGACACUUGCUCUUGCUGGAUUUUUAACUAUGAUUAUUUUAACACUUAAGAAAGGAGGGCAUAAUUCCACAAUGUGUUUCCAUUAUAGAGAUAAGCAUAAUGCAAAAGGAGAAGCAAUUUUUAACUUCAUUCUUGUGGUAAUGUUCUGGCUAAUUUUCCUACUAAUAAUACUUUCAUAUAUUAAGAUUGGGAAGAAUCUAUUGAGGAUUUCUAAAAGGAGAUCAAAAUUUCCUAAUUCUGGUAAAUAUGCCACUACAGCCCGGAAUUCCUUUAUUGUACUUAUCAUUUUUACUAUAUGUUUUGUUCCCUAUCAUGCCUUUCGAUUCAUCUACAUUUCUUCACAGCUAAAUGCAUCACCUUGCUACUGGAAGGAAAUUGUCCACAAAACCAACGAGAUCAUGCUGGUUGUCUCAUCUUUCAAUAGCUGCUUAGAUCCCGUCAUGUAUUUCCUAAUGUCCAGUAACAUUCGCAAAAUAAUGUGCCAACUUCUUUUUAGACGAUUUCAAAGUGAAGCAAGCAGGAGUGAAAGCACUUCAGAAUUUAAACCAGGAUACUCCUUGCAUGAUACAUCUGUGGCAGGGAAAAUGCAGUCUAGUUCUAAAGGCACCUGAGGUAAAUAGACUAAAAACAAUAACACAAUACAGCCUCUUAAUUCUUUGAAGAACUAAAAAACUAUGAAACAAAGCUCUAGCAUUUAUAAGACUCAGAUUUCUCAAAGCUCUGUUCAUAUUUGUGAUAUUUCAUUUGCUUAAUUGUAAAUGACUUCAAGGUAUAGAAAAGCUUAUACUCAUCACUGUAUUUUAGAUGUGUAUAUGAAAUCUUUUCAAAAUACAUUUUUAAGCUAACACCCUUAACAUAUAUUAUAAAGUUAGGUAAAAUUAACGACAAAUAAUCGAAGUGCCAUAGUUUCUCAAGUCACUAAAGUAGUAAUUAAAAUUAAGCGCUUGAUACUAAUUUAAAAUGUGUUUAAAAGUAAAUGAUUUCGGUAUUGAUUUAAUGUGUCAGAAGAUAUAAGUUCAUUUAUCAUUUUAAAAGUUUGUGUAAUUUGCCACUGGAUUCAUUUAUGCUUAAACUCCUAUAACAAAUAAAAUGAUAAUUAAUAAAAUUCUAAUAAAAAUGAGA